AUCACUUGCAGUAGUGGAUUUAAUAUAACAAAAUGGCAGCUAAGUUCAUCAUCCUCCUUUGCGCAGUAGCGACCGCUCGCGCCGGUGGCCUGUACGGCGCCUCAUACGCCGCUCCAGUAGCCGCGUACGCGUCGGCUCCUCUCUCGUACGCAGCCUCCCCCGUGUACAAGAGCUACGCACCAGCUCUGUCCUACGCCGCCCCUUCAUUGGCGUACUCCGCGCCCGCGUACUCCACAUACGCCGCCCCAGCAGUGGUUAAGACCGUCGCACCCGCAGUCUCCUCCGUGUCCUCUUACUCCUCCCACACCUCCCAUGGAUCUCCACUCAUCGCUAAGUCGUACGCCCCAGUAGCUUACUCCGCUGCUCCCGUGGCCGCGUACGGCCCAUCCGUAGCGUACUCUUCACCUUUGUCUUACGCUGCCCACGCCGCUCCCGUCGCGACUUACGCUGCCCACGCUGCUCCCGUCGCCACUUACGCUGCCCAUGCCGCUCCCGUAGCGACUUACGCUGCCCACGCCGCUCCCGUUGCCUACGCCGCUGGCCCAGUAUACAAAUCCGUCUCAUACUCUGCUGCCCCAGCUGUAUCUCACGUGUCAUACAGCGGCCUGUCCCACAACUACGGCUGGUGAUCAAUUUAAACUGUACAAAAUUAGUUCUUAAAACGAUUUUUGAUAUUUAUUUUUUACUUAGUAAAAUAAAUCGUAAAAUCUA